GGGCAGAGCGGAAGUGCGGCCUCUUUCCGGUGGCGGACCUGUUCCGUGGUAGUCUCUCAAGAUGAAGCUGAACAUUUCCUUCCCGGCCACUGGGUGCCAGAAGCUGAUCGAGGUGGACGAUGAACGCAAGCUGCGUGCCUUCUAUGAGAAACGCAUGGCUACUGAAGUGGCUGCUGACUCCCUUGGUGAUGAGUGGAAGGGCUACGUGGUGCGCAUCAGUGGCGGCAAUGACAAGCAGGGGUUUCCCAUGAAGCAGGGUGUGCUGACCAAUGGCCGUGUGCGUCUGCUGCUCAGCAAGGGUCACUCUUGCUACCGGCCACGCAGAACUGGAGAGCGCAAGCGCAAGUCUGUCCGAGGGUGCAUUGUGGACGCCAACCUCAGCGUGCUCAACUUGGUCAUUGUCAGGAAAGGUGAGAAGGACAUCCCUGGGCUCACCGACAGCACCGUUCCGCGCCGCCUGGGUCCCAAGAGGGCCAGCAAGAUCCGAAAGCUCUUCAAUUUGUCCAAGGAGGAUGAUGUAAGGCAGUACGUGGUGAGGAGGCCCCUCAAUAAGGAAGGCAAGAAGCCAAGGACUAAGGCACCCAAGAUCCAGCGAUUGGUGACUCCCCGUGUGCUGCAGCACAAGCGCCAGCGCAUUGCCCUGAAGAAGCAGCGGACCCAGAAGAACAAGGAGCAGGCUGCGGAGUAUGCCAAGCUACUGGCCAAGAGGAUGAAGGAGGCCAAGGAGAAGCGUCAGGAACAGAUUGCAAAGAGACGCCGCCUCUCUUCCCUGAGAGCUUCCACCUCCAAGUCUGAGUCCAGCCAGAAGUGAGGUGUGGAUCAAAGCAGCAGGGCCGUUUCCGUGUAAAAACACAAUUAAAGGUUUGCUAAAAUCAG